ACAAAGCUUUGGUUUUGGUUUUGGUGGCUCUUCGGCGUCUCUCGUUUUCAAGUUUCCCGGUUCUGCCCCAAAUCUCCCACCCUUUCUCUCCCGCAAUCCGCUAAAUUCAUCUUCGUCUUCCCCUUCUCCAAUCGCUCCACCGCCCCGAUUCUCCGCUCGCCUGGAUUCGCCACUGUCGCAUCCGAUGGUUCAAGCCCGAAGCAUCGCUUAUCUGAUCGGAUCUGGGCGAAGCUUCUUGAUGUGAUCAGCUGACGUCCGAAGCUUUGAUUAUGAAAAUUCUCGAUCUAUUUUUUUAAGUUGAUUAGGGUAUUGGUUUAUCCAUGGCUCCAACAAAAAAAUCUAGAAGUGUGAAUAAACGUUUUUCUUCCAUCAAUGAGGUCUCUCCCCCUCAAGAUGGAGAGAGUGCCAAAAAAAGUAUGCUGCGGAAGAGAAAGCUGUCUGACAUGUUAGGUCCACAGUGGAGCAAGGAAGAACUGGAGCGUUUCUAUGAAGCAUACCGCAAGUAUGGGAAAGAUUGGAAAAAGGUGGCUGCUGUAGUGCGGAACCGAUCAGCGGAAAUGGUGGAGUCCCUUUAUACAAUGAACAGGGCUUACUUAUCUCUUCCAGAGGGAACUGCUUCCGUGGUUGGGUUAAUUGCAAUGAUGACUGAUCACUACUGCAAUCUGGAAGGAAGCGAUAGUGAACAAGAAAGUAACGAUGGUAUGGGGACGUCCCGAAAAUCUCUAAAGCGUCCUAGGGGUAAAUUGCGGCCUAAUUCCUCUAAAUCAUCUGAGGGCCACUUUCUCUCACCUUCCCAGCUAGUGGCAUCAAGUUCGGAUUGUCUGUCAUUAUUGAAGAAGAAGCGCUCUGUUGGAAGUCGACCUCGUGCUGUGGGGAAAAGGACACCGCGCUUCCCUGUUUCAUAUUCUUAUGAGAAAGCUAAUGGGGAAAAGAUUUUUUCUCCAACUAGGCAUGGACUAAAACUAAAGGUGGAUGCUAAUGAUGAUGACGUCGCUCAUGAGGUAGCAUUAGCACUAGCUGAGGCUUCACAAAGAGGUUCUCCCCAAGUUUCUCACACACCAAACAGAAGAGCAGAGAGUGCUAUGUCGUCCCCAAUUCGGAGUGCUGAUAGGAUGCGUGCUGAAGUGGAAUUGACGAGUUCCAAGCUUGGUAUUGAAACGGAUGAAGAUGGUAUUGAGGGGAGCAUAGGAAGCAUGGAAGCUGAUAAUGGAGAUUUUGCAAGGAAUGGAAACUAUUUGAUGGAAACAGAAGAUGUUGGUAUUGCAGAAGUUAGGAAGGGAAGAAGGUUUCGUGGAAAGAAGCUAGAAGAUGAUGACAGUACAAACAAUCAUUUAAAUGACAUUAAGGAAGCCUGUAGUGGGACAGAAGGAGGACAAAACAUAGGUGCUGUCAGAGGAAAACCAGAGUUUGAGAUAACAGAUGGAAAACUUGCCCGAUCUUCUCAAAUCUCAAACAAGAAAAGCAAAAAGGUUCUGUUUGGAAGAGAUGAAGAAUCUGCCUUUGAUGCCUUGCAAACCUUGGCUGAUUUGUCAUUGAUGAUGCCGGCAGCAGCAAUUGACAAUGAAUCAUCAGCACGGGUCAAAGAUCAAGUUGAUGAUCUUGUUGUGCCUGCUACCCAAAGGCACAGAUCUAAGUCAGGAGUUAAAGUGAGAGGCAAUCAGUCAGUAUCAGGAUUUGGGGCCUCUCCUGCUAAAACAUCAAAGCAUGGAAAAGUUUCAGUUCUCAAUGUUAGUGCCAUCCCUGAAGCAAAGGAUGAGCCUCAGCAGUCCAGUGCUAGACUUCCGAGAAAGAAACAGAAGACUUUGGCAUCUAAAGCUGGCGAGAUUCCAAAAACUGAAGCUCAUACUGGUAGUCAUCCCAAUGAAUCUCAGGAGGACGAGGCUAGAGAUGCAGUGAAGAGGGUAAUUAGCAAGGCUAAACGCUCUUGCUACAGUACUUCACAGCAAAAACAAGGGAAAUCUUUGGCAGAGCAUUCUUCUUCAAGUGCUGAUCUGAAAGGGGAAAAGGAUGAUUCUGCUCUAUCCACUGUGAAGAUUCCCGUUGCAAAUGAGGUUGACUUGCCGGCUAAAGUUGGGAGCAGACGUAAGAUGAGGCCACAAAAACCAAAGAACCUGAAAGAUUUGGAGUUAUCUGAUAAAUUUUUGAGUGACUUGAAACCUAAUUUAUCAAUCUCUUCAGUCAAUAAUGAAGCUCUCCAUCUCAAGGAGAAGCUCUAUAAUUGCUUAUCAAAUCCUCUUUUAAGGAGAUGGUGUGCUUUUGAGUGGUUCUACAGUGCUGUUGAUUACCCUUGGUUUGCUAAAAGGGAGUUUGUGGAGUACCUGAAUCAUGUUGGCUUGGGACAUGUUCCCAGAUUAACUCGUGUUGAAUGGGGUGUGAUAAGAAGUUCACUUGGAAAACCACGGAGGUUCUCUGAGCAAUUUUUGAAGGAAGAAAAGGAGAAGCUUAAUCAAUACCGUGAUUCUGUUAGAAACCAUUAUACUGAACUUCGUAGAGGUACCAGGGAGGGACUUCCAACAGAUCUUGCAAGGCCUUUAACAGUUGGCCAACGUGUUAUAGCCAUUCACCCAAGAACACGAGAGGUUCAUAAUGGAAAUGUUUUAACAGUUGAUCACACACGGUGCCGGGUUCAGUUUGAUCGGCCAGAGCUAGGGGUUGAAUUCGUCCUGGAUAUUGAUUGUAUGCCAUUAAAUCCAUUAGAAGGCAUGCCCGCAUUACUGGCAGGAAACCUAGUUACUGUUGACAAAUUCUUUGAGAACUUAAAUGAGCUAACAAUGAAUGGGCGGGGCAAAGAUCAGAAAUUAGAAGGGUGCAUGAAAUUUUCUCCUAGUGAUGACCUGGAACGUUUAGAUGUUCCAGGUCAUGUGUCUCCUUCAGCUCAUCCCAAGAGUAAUUUGUUGAAACAGGCAAAGGGAACUCCUACAAAUUCUAAUUCUCAAGCUAGAAUUGGACCCAAGGAAACUGCAAAUAAUCAACAGACAUUGAACUCUCAGUCUUCUGUGCUGGCACAGGUCCAGGCCAAGGAAGCUGAUGUGCAAGCUCUUGCUGAGCUGACUCGUGCUCUUGAUAAGAAGGAAGCAGUGUUGUCCGAACUCAGGAACAUGAAUGAUGAUGUUUUGGAAAACCAGAAGGAAGGUUAUCAUAUUUUAAAGGAUUCUGAGCCUUUUAAAAAGCAAUAUGCUGCUGUACUUGUACAGUUAAAUGAUGUAAAUGAGCAGGUUUCUUCUGCUCUUUCUUGUUUGAGGCGGCGCAACACCUACCAAGGAAGCUCCACACUUACAUGGCCAAGGAAUACAGCCAAUUCAGGGGACUCUGGUGGUCCCUUGAACUCGAUUGAUAAGCCUGCAAAUCACCAGCAGGAGUCAGCAUCUCAUGUCCAUGAAAUUGUUGAAAGUUCAAGAACAAAGGCUCGGACAAUGGUAGAUGCAGCUGUGCAGGCAAUGUCAUCUUUGAAGGGAGGAGGAAAUACUGUUGACAGGAUUGAAGAGGUCAUAGACUUUGUUAGUAAUCGGCUUUCAGUGGAUGAUUCUUGCCUGGCUGCUAUACGGCCUGCUGCCCCUGCUGAUCCACUUCAUGACAAAUUAACUUCUCAUGAUCUGGUAACUUCCUGCACAUUGAGUUCGUCAAAUGCAACUGAACCUGAGUUGAAGAAGAUGUCCGACAGAAAUGAAGGACAAAUCCCAUCAGAACUUAUCAGUCACUGCGUAGCUACACUACUUAUGAUUCAGAAGUGCACAGAACGACAAUUUCCUCCAGCUGAUGUCGCCCAGAUUCUGGAUUCUGCUGCUACCGGUCUACAGCCCUGCUGCUCGCAGAACCUUCCAGUCUAUGCAGAGAUAGAGAAGUGUGUGGGAAUCAUCAAGAACCAAAUACUGGCACUCAUACCGACAUAACCUGGUACAAACUAAUCCUUGUACCGUUGCUUAUAUGUGCAAUGUAAAGCGAUGAAGAUUUUAGCGGAAGCUCCCUUAGAUUUUGAUAGCUGUAACCUAGGUGCAUGAACGUUUUUCUUUUCGGCUUUUUUGAUUUCUGGCCCUUUGAUCUGAAUGGGGAUCAACAGAUGUGCAAUCGCAUUCUGGAAUUUAUCCAACGAAAUCUUUUGAAUAUAUAUGGUGUUUUGUUA